AUCAUCCGCUUUGCUUUACGGCAGAUAAUAGGCCAGUGUGGAGUGAAUUGAGUAAUGGCAGGAACAGACACGAGAUAGUCCACGAACUUUACGUUGUUUUUACGUUUAUCAGAUACCAGCAGCCGGACGCACGUCUGUGUUUGUCGUCGUUCGCUGUGAGAAGCUUAUUCCGACCCCGUUUUUCUGUCAUCAUAGUAACUGUAUGCAGUGGAAUGGCUGAAGUGCCGCCUGGGCCUAACGCACUGCCUUCAUCCCCGAGCGAGAUCACACCACUGCCCGUGGACGGGUGCACCUUACUGGGCACCGAUGAGGGACGGGACAUCAUCAGCCCCGGCCCUGGACACCAGCACGCCAGCGACCACAAGGCGAUAGUCAAAUCCAACCAGAACAACGUGCAUCCUAAUGCAUCAGCCGCCCAGUUCCACACAGCCCAGCUGAACGGGGUUCAGUGCAACCACACUCACCUCCAGAACCACGUCCAGCAACACCGCCCGUCCGACAAUCAAAACGCCGCUUCUGACCACCGCCUGGACGGCAUCGGCGAAACGCGGAGCGAUCACACGGAAAACAACAAUUUCACGAGAAAUAAACGAUGUAGUGAUAUAUCGCAGAGCCAGUCGCCGCCGAACAACGGGAUAAACUGCACUGAUAGCAUGGCGAUCACGGAGAGCAGCUCUUGUCGACUGGAGAACGAUGUAAGUAGCAGGACUGGUUCGGGGGAUCGGGCUCGGGCGGCUGCGGCAGCGCCGAUGGACGGGGCUGAGUCAGGCCCAGGCCCGCAGCGCGCUGGAGUAGAUCAGGCGGCGGCUGACAGCGCUCCGGUGGCGGGGAUGUCGAGGCUAGCGCUGGAGGAGCACGACGACUCCAUCCGAUACGUGAGAUACGAGUCUGAGCUCCAGAUGCCCGAUAUCAUCCGACUCAUAACUAAAGACUUAUCUGAGCCCUACUCCAUAUACACCUAUAGGUACUUUAUUCACAACUGGCCUCAGCUCUGCUUUCUGGCGAUGGUUGAGAAGGACUGUGUCGGUGCCAUUGUGUGUAAGCUAGACAUGCAUAAGAAGAUGUUCCGUCGCGGAUACAUCGCCAUGCUUGCUGUGGACUCCAAAUUUCGCAGGAAAGGCAUCGGCACCAACCUUGUGAAAAAGGCCAUUUAUGCUAUGGUGGAGGGGGACUGUGAUGAGGUGGUGCUAGAGACGGAAAUCACCAACAAAUCAGCCCUGAAACUCUAUGAGAACCUGGGCUUUGUCAGGGACAAGCGGCUGUUUAGAUAUUAUUUAAACGGAGUGGACGCACUUCGGCUCAAACUCUGGCUUCGCUAGAUCAAACUACGGGGUCCCUCAACUCUUUCUCCAUCCCUUCGGCCUACUCUUCCUCCGCCCCAGUCCUCCGGCUCGGAUCACAUGACUUCCCAUCGAUAGAAAGACACUCGACCUCUGCUGAGCCACAAAGGGCAAACUCUGAGGAAAAAAAAAUCAACCAAUCAUAAUAAAGUGUUUUAAGAACUUUUGCGCGAAAGAACGAGAGGUUAUUGCAAAAAAUGAAAAAGAUAAAAAAAAAAGUCAGGUACUAAUAUGACGCCGACACCGAAAAGGAAAACGCGGUGGCUUCUAUGUUCAGGUGUCAACAGCUUGACUCAAGGCCUGUGUGUAUUUGUGUCGGCCAGCGGAGAUGGGCUGGGCCGAACACGUUGAUGGAAAUGUUGAAAGCAAACAAUGCACCACACCUUUUUUUCUUUUUUUUUUUUUUUUUUUUUUAAACAAUCACAAACUGAAGGAUGAAAAUGUGUUUAAACCGACUCAACUCAACUUCUCAAAUUUUCGUUUUUUUCUUUAAAGAGGGUGCACGGGAGCAUUGCAGGCUACAAUUGUUUUGUACCCUGCUGCUUUUGCUUUUUUUUUUUUUUUUUUUUUUUUUUGCGUACGGGGGUCUGUGGUUUAUUUUAUGUGUUUAAUUUUAUGUUUUGGAAAACACUGAGCAGAGCUUUGUCCACUUUAGAAGUUCGAUCUGUGACGAACUAACAUACACCCAUUCAGAAACACUUUAACCUGAAUGCUGCGAAGCAGUGCAGAUGGCGACUCUGCUUUUUUUUUUUUUAAGUUGGUCUUAUUAACUCACAUUAUGCCGUAUUGGUUUAUGUGACUUGUGAUUCUGACACAAAUCUCGAUGCUUCUUCAUGAGUGUUUUGUACAACAAAAUUAGAUACUAAACGGGCUUAAAAGAAGAGUAUUCCCUGUGUUCCCCCAACCCCCGUCAUCAUCGAUUUUCCCUUUCCAUGUCUGAGACGAUGUUUGGAUAUUCAGAUUUGCUGGCCUUGACGAAUGAACCUCAAACGGACGCACUUCUCAUUUUUGCACUGAUUAGAUGGGAUGUAAUUCCUCGUCCGCCACUGCGUUAGUGGACCAGUAGGUGGCAGAAUACAGAUCUCACCAGCUCAGUUGCUUCAAUGGACUCAUGCAAAUAGUUGCUUUAAAGUCAUGAAACGGAUUGAUUUAUAUGCAAGAUGACAUUGUUUAGAGGCGUUUUAAAAUUUAACGGAGGAAGUUUCCGGAGGUAAGCGAUUUUAUGGGUUUGUGUUUAACAGUAGCGUGCUGUGGCAGGUUGUACCAUCACCAUGUUGUAUGUAAGUGUUUCUAUGUCAUUGCCAAUAGACCCCCAUUUUGCUUUGCUGCUGGCUCAUGAGUUGUUCUUGGAAGAAAACCUUUUUUGUGUUUUUUUUUUCAAGUUUGGAGUGGGAAACAAGUUUUUUUUGAUUUGCUAAAUGUACAUAUGGAAGUUUGAUUUGUCGUUUUUGAUCGUCAUUGGAAAAGUUCCCCAUAGAGCUGUUGCUCUCUGUUGUUGAGAAUAUGGAUGGGUUGCUUUAUAAAUUUGCGCUUGAAAACAGAUAUUUGCUGAUGGAUUUAUGGGAAGAGGAAUUUUUUUUGUUUGUUUUUGUUUUUUUAAUUUAACCUUAAAAUGUAAUACAUCUCCCAGAAAUAUAAUGUCCUAUCAACCCCGUUUGACGCAUCAGACCGUGUGCUGUCUGUCAGUAAGGCCUCAGGUGUUUGGUUUGUGUUCAAUUCUCCUUUCACUUGUCAGGGGCUCCUUUCAAGGUCCCGGUGGUUAGCAACAGCCAACUUGUCUUUGUAAGGACUUUUAUUCCUUUUGAUUUGUGGACAGUCGACGUUAAAAUGGAAAUCUGAGAGCCUCCGAGUAGGUUUCAUCCAAACAAACCGUCAAAGUCAGUCUAUAGAUUGCAGAUUGUAAACUUAGGGAUAGUUUAGAUUCCCAUCAUCAUUUACUCACCCUCAUAUUGUUCCAAACCUGCGCAUUUUUGUUUUCUGUAGAAGAUAUUUUGAUAAAUCGUUUUUUUUCUUGUCCAUAUAGAGUUAAGUGUCGCUUGGGUUCAGAACAACAUUGGAUCCCAUUGACUUUUAUUGUAUGGACGAAAGCAGUUGAAACGUCCUUCAGAAUAUGUUCCGUGAUGUUCUGCUGAAAGAAGAAAGUCAUACAGGCUCGUAACUCUAUUAGGGUGAGUAAAUUGCAGCAGGUUUAUUAAUAAAAUUCAAAACCUUUCCCAGGGUGCCAACCUUGACAGACAAUAAUGCAUUUCUGGCUGUCGAUGCUCACCAUUCAGUGCUGCCCUUUUUUUUUUUUUUUUUUUUUUUUUUUGUAUUGUCAAAUUGUGGUUGGCACAAUGAUGUUUUUUUUCACACUGCCAAUAUCUGACUUAUGGAUUAUAUUACUGUAAGCUGUCCAUCAAAUGUUAUGGCCAUUUAACAGCUUUAGACCGAACAGCUGGCAGGUUCUAGCUGGGUAAGAUCUCAUAUUUAAAUGAUGUGGACACUAAUCUGACUGGCUUCUGUUUUGGGGAUUUAUUCAUUGACGGGACUAAUUUUCAAUCUGCACUUGUGGCUAAUUCUCAUCCCUGUAAACGGUGGAGUUUAUGUUGUAGUUAGUGUUACUCUUGUACUUUCAGCUGAUUUGGACAAGUGAGACCUGCUCCACAAACAUGGAUCCAUUUUGUUGGGGAUAGAGCGACUGUUUGCAUGUUUGCAUUUUCUCCACCCUUCUUUCUCCCACUUUCACCCUUGACAAAAUGUCUUGCAAAAGUUUCUUUGUUUUCAAGUGGACAACAGACCUGGUUUAAAAAUUAUAAAUAAAUUAUUUGAUUUUUAAGCAAA